AUGAGACCUACUGAUCUUGGAGCAAAUUUAAGUUUUGAGAGCAUUCAAAACAAGUCAUGCGAUUUUUCAGUGUGUCCGAUACAAAUCAACGAUGAUGCAGUAAAUCUACUUUCGAGAGUUUUAUGGAAAAAGGUUGUAUUCCGAGCAAGCCGUUUGCAGUUCAACAAACUCAUCUCAUCCAGGUGGUCACAGAUUUGUGUACAGAUGAACGAAGUCAAUAGGAAACUCGACUUAAUCUUAGCACAGUCAUCCUUACAGCCCCCAAACCAGCAAGAGGAUAGUUUUACAAUUCCUGACUUCCUCACAAAUCUUCCUGUGAAGGAUGACAUGUGGAGAUUUCCAGGUGUACAGUUUCCUUGGGUGUAACUUAAACCAGGUGUUGGUUAUUACUAAUUAAUUUGCUUCCGCAAAACUUUCCAAUGUAUCUCCCCGAUCGUUCCGGUUUCCUAGUCCAAAUGGUCCAACUGCAGAUGAUGUUUUGCUAGCCCCAACUUUUGCAUUGAAGUCACCCAUGACAACUGUUAGGUCUUGCUUUUUCAAUCUUUUCACGACUUCAUCAAUGCUACGGUAUAGUUCUUCUACCUCUUCUUCUGUUCCUUCUGUUGUAGGUGCAUACACUUGAAUUAUAUUGAUAUCGAUUGGACUUGCUUUUAGUUGUAUGAGCAUAACUCUUGCCGAGAUUGGGAUGAAGUUGUCAACAGAACAGUUCUUUUAAUUACAGAAGUAAAAACAAGAUGAAGAAUUUCAGUGUCGUAUUUGAGGAAAAGCAAUAAAAUAGACAAUGCUUUUGUCUUUCCUGACGUGGAUGUCGCUUUUAUAAGAAAGCCAGAUGUGGUAUUUUUGCUUCCAGAUCCAUUUCAGCCUCCACUAAGUGACAAUGCAACAUUUUUAAAUUCGGUAUAAAAUUUUCGGUACUCGAUGUUCGAUAAGAAAACAAUACCCAUGUCUCACUGUGCUUCGCAUGAGCUACACAGUGAGAAUUUUCAUGAAAAAAAAUAAACGCUUGUUCACAAUUUAUGUUAGGUUUUUUUUUCAGUUAAUCUAUUGUGUUGUUGGCAAUAUGAC